GCCCCUCCUCCCCCAAAAUAGGGGAAACACAAGUGUGUGUGUCUCGCUGGCGCCGGCGCAGAAGCACGACAGAAGGGAAAUGGAAUGAAAUGGCAUGAACAAGGCAAACGGGCUUCUCCAAUGCCUUGGGGCUACGCUGGGCGCCGUUUUCUGCUGGUCCCGCCGACGCCACACCCUUUCAGUCUGCUCCAAUUUUACUCUUCACAAGCUUCUAGCGCUGUUCCUUUGGGCGCUGCCGAGUGGCUAUCGCCAACGCCAGCACGCUACGCUACCUAACACAUCGCGCCGGUUGAGUUUCCCUAUUUUAGCCAGUGGCCGAAGACCUGGGAGCGAGCGACAGCCGAAACAGCAGCAUGUGCUUGAUGCUAGUGAUUCGUUGAGCCAUUGGCGCCGGAGAUUGCCUGUCUUGUUCUGUUUUUGGUACCUUUGCGUUCUUAUCUUUCUUCUGAUGAGUGGUGGGCCAAAUCCAAAGUAAGAGCAGCGUCUUAUUUUUUUUCUGCUCCCCUUCGUUCCAGAGCAAGAUGCUUUGGAAAUACAAGCAAAGAGAAAAAAAAAAGGCAAUCGGACACACCCCUGACCGCUCCAAGGUUGGCUGUUGUGUGCCCACACCCCCCCGGGGCGCAGCGAUGAUAGUGCACGGUGCAGGACACAGUGCCUGUCGCUCUGCUCGUGUUGCAAAUAAGCACAGUCUCUGCGGUUGCUUUUACUGCUGCUUUUGGGGGGGUGUGGCCCCAGAAACCAAGGUGGCCGCGCCUUGGCCCCAGCCCAGGGUUGCUAUACUUUCUACAGCAGGCAAGCCGCCAGCCUAGCGGUUGUACUGCUGCUGUACUGCAGUGCCUUCCCCUUCCCGCAAGGAGUGGCCGAACGCUACAGUAUGGCUGCCCUGAAUGAAAGAUUUUCUACUAUUCCGUUUCCAGGCCGUCGUCUACACAUCUUACCCAUCUUCCCAUUUUUCUUUCUUUUUUUGCCUUUUCUUAUUUCUCUUAUCUCUGCAUAUCAGCCCGGCAGAGUUUUCAUUCGUCUCAUCAAUGCAUCUUUAAUUCAACACGUUGGCGGUCGCGACUAACCCAAGUUCCAGCCUUGCUGCCUACGCUCUUCGGCCAUCCCGCGCCCACCACGUCGACGUCUACUAAACUUCAUCACCACCUCGCACUCGCCGCCGUGCUGCUCCCUUUGCACAAAAGUGCGCAAUCCCGCCUCGGAUUUCGCUUUGCAUAACUUUCCUAGUCUUGGAAAGCUUGCAAUCGUGAUUCCCGCCUUACAGAUCGGCCCGUCUAAUAAGAGUCGAGUCCCGUCGCCCUCUUGUUUACCGAUCCACCUUUGGCCUGCGCAUCGCAUCGCACGUCCUCCUCCUCCCUCACCUACUACUACCUCGACCACCUCGACCCGGGCUCUUUGACCCUGCUCUGCCCUUGCCGGCCGCUUCGCCUCGUCGACUCUUCGUGCAAAGGGCCUCUACGCGCCCAAGCCUCGAUACCCUCCCAUCGACGGUCACGCAUCCCCCGCCUCCCAGAGCCGCGCUGUGACGAAACCCACCUCUAGUCGCCUUGAGCUCUAGCUGCCCCCUGCGUACGUCCGGACCGCGCCACGCACAAAACGAUAGGUCUGGGGUAAAGCUCAACAGGUUUUAUCUCUUCGGCCUUAAUUUCCCUCUCUGUCAAACUCCAACCUCGUUCCGCCGGGUUGUGUGUAUGCAAUUGCGUCUCGCCACCAUCGGCAUCGCCACGAUCAACAUCGACAACAACAACAAACCCUAGUCGAUAUAUCCCUUCCCUAUCCCCUCCCUUCCUCCUAUACGUUCUCUCCCCAGGCGAUACGACAUCGAUUCAACCUGGCAGACGCCACGUUUUAACGGUUGUCGACCUCUUGCCCUCCUCGUCUCAAUUCGAGCAUCCUCUAAUUGUAUCCAUCGUUUCUGAUAGAAUAUUGCCAUGAGUACCGCCAUUGCGGAGCCUAUGGACAUUACGAACGUGCUGAAUAAUAGACUCGGCGCUAUGGUCCAUCACCAACACUUUGCAACAUACAACGAUCCUCAUCAGCUCUCCUUCAUCAAGCCAGAACCCACCAUGGACAGAUCACAGCCCCCUCAUGGCUCAGAUCAUGGCUACGGCCAGCCCCAGGGUAUGCCUAGAUCAUAUCAGACUCACGCUGCCCUGCAAAACUCCAUGCACAUUCCCAGCAGCAUGGCAAACAGCAACUACAUCACCUCCUUCCCUGAUAUGCCUGGCAUGAUGUCGAAUAUGCCCAUGUCCCACAUGCCUCAGCACGUGGAUCAACAUCAGCAAUCUCAGCAGCACCAGCAGCAUCAACAGAUGGAUAAGGGCGGCGAGCCAGCCAAGCCGUAUUCGUGCAGCAACUGCUCCAAGCGCUUUGCUAGACGGAGCGACUUGUCAAGACACGAACGCAUCCACACGGGCAUUAGACCCCAUUCAUGCGAUUUCCCUGGCUGUGACAAGCAGUUCAUCCAAAGAUCAGCUCUUACCGUGCACAAGCGCGUUCACACAGGCGAGAAGCCUCAUUCGUGUGAAGUCUGUGCAAAGGCAUUUGGUGACAGCAGCUCGCUUGCUCGCCAUCGCCGCACUCACACCGGCAGCCGUCCUUACAAGUGCCCGUACGCCUCGUGUCAAAAGACGUUUACGAGAAAGACAACUCUCACCAGACAUCAAAACCACCACACGGGCACCAUUGAAGAAGACACGGCAACAACAGCUGCGGCACUGGCAGCCGCUGGCCUCAAGCCUGCUGGACAAUCACGGUCUGAGCCGGAUCAAAUGUCGAGCCACGGCUCACCGCUGUCGACACCAUCCCCUGGGAACCGCACAACAUCCAUGUCUCCCGGUAUGGAUAUGCCCAACGGCCUCCAGCGCCAUGGCAGCGACUUCCAGUAUCUCCAGCAAGCAGGCACUCUGCCGCCGCAUCUGCGCGUAGGUAGCCCGUCGUCGACGACUUCCAGCGGAUACGCACCCACCAACAUGCGCCCAACAUCGCAUCCUACUGGCUACGGCCCGCCACCUAUCCUCGAGCCCAGCGUGGAGCACAGCCAGCCCGGCAGCGGCAGCGUCUCGGGCAGCCCGCACAUGAGCAGCGUCGGAUGGCAGUCGCCCUCGCAGGUCACAUCUCCCUCGCAGAAUGCCGCGGGCUAUGUGUAUCCUGAUCCUGCGUCGUAUCCUCCCAACGCGGCCGCCAUGGGCGAUAUGUACUACGCUGGUGCACAGCAGAUGCGUCGCCCGCAGAGCACCGAGCCCGGCAUGGUGCACAUGGCUUAGAGAGUGUUGCUUUUUCACUUUGCUAAAACUCGGCUGCGUUUGGACCCGGACUUGGUGUCUCUCUGCGAGAUACUGGGAUCGGGACCUACAUCUAGGAGUCUUAGUCGCUGUCUGUGGACUUUUGUCAGGGAUAGAGGAAAAUCGAAUCUGAUACCCCCUCUCCUAUGUUGACUGCAUUUAUUGUUUUUGCUGCUUCCUACUAGCAACUGACAAAAAACCCACGACAAAAAGCCGGCGAGUUGUCCAUCUUCUGGACAAUGGCCGCUUUUACACUGACGGCCUUGAACUUUGGGGUUUCUCAAAGUUUCUGCACUCCUCUGUUGCAUUGUUUGUUUCCUUUGUCUAAGAAUCGAGAGCUAUAUAGACUGGAUUGGUUGGUUUCAUCCAUGCGGCUGCUUGGGACAAAUACACGUCUUUUUCCUUCGUUCUUCUUGACUGCUGUAUGAGUGGUGGUUGUGCUGUGUCUGCGGCCAGGGAGUGUAAAAUCAUGGGAUUUAUUGUGUGGAAAAACGCAGCACUUUUGGUGUUUGCUUUUGGCGAACUUUUUUCCUUAUCUUUGUGUGUGUGUGUUUGUAUUUUAUGUAUGCUUGGUAACGAAUGUCAUUUGCUAUUUUGAAUUGAUACGCGGGCCAGUAUGAUGAACAGUAUUGGGCCAUCCUAUUCCUCUUGAACUAUGGUUUACAGGAUUCAUGUUUUCUGGUGAUUAUGCAAGAACAGCCCAUUAUGGUAUAUUGAUAUCUAUAUAACACCUAAUGUAUGUGUAGCUAUACUUUUGAAUUGGAUCGUGAUAUAUCAAACGCAAACGGUUCUCCGCUAAUCAAGAGAUCUGAC